GACAACGUAUCAUCUCACAAACUUUACGUAUAAGAGCACUGCCGUGUGCAUGCUUGCUGUCUACCCAUAGUCGAAUAAUGUCUUCCCGCAGUCGUCCAUUGGCGCGGACCUCCGGGCCACCUCGUAUAUCAGCUCAACUUUACCUGAAAACCAGCGAAAAAGACACUCAACUCUACCUCACCACUCCAGAUCCCCACUUUCGAGCUCACCAUGGACGACGAAGCCCGACAAGCAAUGGCAAGCAUGAAGAUGCCACGCCGCCCUAUAAACUUCGUUUCUGCGAAAUCAGGCGAGAUACUCAAACUAGGCCAGAUCACAUGCAGAGUCAUGGAAGAUGGAUCACGGACAGACAACCGCAUAGGCUCCGCAGAGUUCACACUGCCUCCCAACACACCUGGACCACCAGCACACUGGCAUGAGAUGCACGACGAGACAUUUCUUGUUACAAAGGGAAUGGUUCGAUUCCACGCUCCCGACGGCGCCAUACAAGAUGCCUAUGUCGGAGACUACGUUACCGUACCCAUCCGCGCACCCCACACCUUCUCGAAUCCUACAAACGAAGAAUCCAAGUUCUUCAACACGUAUACCCCCGCGUUCUACAUUGAUUACUUCAAAACGCUGGCUGAGAUAAGUAAGACGGAUGAGAAGAUGAUGAAGGAGAAGAACAUCGAGGUUAUGGCGCGGUACGCGACACUGCCUGCGAAGGAGAUGAUGGAGGAGCAGAAGAAGUAAAGGCCGGUAUAGACAUCUGCGAAUCGAUACAAGGAUAAUGACAGGAAUACAAUCGUGCGCGUGCGCGUGCGAUGCGCAGGAAA